AUGACAUCGAAAAUUUAUAAUAAGAACAGUGAUGAGCAUCAAUUGUUGUUGGAUCCAAAACAUAAGUCGUCCAAGCAGGAUGAGUCGCAUCAACGUCACCAAUCACGUCUUGAAUGGGCAGAAUCAUCUUGGAUACGAUUAUGGUGCAUUAUCAGUUGGCGAUGGAUCAGUCCUUUACUUUCAUUAGGUUAUAAAACUACUUUAACAGAAGAAGAUUUGGAUGAGUUGCCUAAUCAAGACAAGUGCUCUGUCUUGUAUGAUACGAUAAGGAAUUCCAAACGAGAUUGUGACAAAAUAUUCAACACAUUUCGAGACGUGUUUUGGAAACGUUAUUUAUUAGUUGCAUUGCUUCGAUUGCCCAUACUGAUCGCUGUCAUUGCUCAACCGCUGUUUCUAUACAAACUAGUCCUGUACAUUACAGAUCAUCAAAGUGCCCAAGUGUCAUCAUCAGCGCCAGUUUAUAGUGGCUACCUAUAUGCGACCGGAUUGUUUAGUUGUGCGCUUCUCCAAGCACUUUUUUAUCAUCAGUAUUACUUCUACUCGGCUCGUUUAGAUCUCAUGAUUCGAAAUUCCGUUCUGUCGACAGUUUUUGCACAUUUGUUGUCAAUUAACACGACAACAUUACGACAAGUUGGAACUAACUAUGUCACGAGUAUCGUUACCAAUGAUGUAACAAAACUCGAAGAAUUUUCUAAGCAUACUCUAUACAUAGUCGAAGCACCGCUCCUCUCUGGAAUGACUUUUGUUUUCCUCUAUUGGAUUAAUGGAAUGUGGUCGACAGUAUCUGGUUUUCUUAUAUUCGCUCUAUUAAUUCCGUUGCAAGUGAUCUUAGGUCGUAAGUUUAAUGAACAUCGUAAGAACGUCGUCGUCCGUACCGAUCGACGUAUUCAUGUGUGUGAAGAACUUAUUCGAGGAAUUCACGUGGUUAAGAUGUACAAUUGGGAAGAACAUAUGAAAAAAAGAGUUUGGGAAACGCGUGAACCUGAAAUGGCAAGUAUCCGUCGUGCUUUUGUCCUACGUGCAAUAAACAUGGGCUUGUUCUUGGCAUCCAUACCUAUUACUGGAUUUGCCACAUACCUUGGCGCUUGGCUUAAUGGGCGCCAUUUAACAACAAUUCAAAUUUUUGUUAGUCUUGCUUUCUUUUCUCAAAUGCGCUUUCCAAUAAUGUACUCAUUACCGGUUGCCAUUGAGAAACUAGUAGUAAUUCGGCAAGCAUGGAAAAGAAUUGUUAAAUUUCUCCAAUUAAAUCCCAAGGAAGAACAAAAACUACUAGACACAGACGACACUCAGUUAAAAGGAACAAUUACGCUGCAUGAUGCUUCAUUCUCAUGGGAUGGACACAAUUGUUGUCUUUCAUUACUUAAUAUUCGUAUCGAACCAGGAUCAUUCGUCGGUGUUGUCGGACCGGUCGGAUCUGGUAAGUCCUCAUUGUUUUCGGCCAUUCUAGGAGAAAUGAUUCAAUUGGACGGUCAAAUGAAUGUUAGUAAUAGUUCAUUCUCCUAUGCUGCACAAUCUCCGUGGAUAUUCGCGGAUACAUUACGCGCCAACAUUAUCUUCACAAAACCGUUUGAUGAACAACGUUAUAGGGCUGUUUUACAUGCUUGUUGUCUUGAUAUUGAUUUGACUAUUCUUGGACCUAAGGCAGAUUUGACAAUGAUCGGUGAAAAUGGUAUAAAUCUAAGCGGAGGACAAAAGGCACGUGUAUGUUUAGCACGUGCUUUGUAUGCGGAUUCGGAUAUUUAUCUCCUUGACGAUCCAUUAGCUGCAGUUGAUCGAACCGUUGCAAAACGAAUUUAUGAUCGAUGCAUUGGUCCAAAAGGGCUAUUGAAAAAUAAAACUCGUCUAUUGAUUACGCAUCAUACAGAAUAUUUAACUCAAUGUCAUCAAAUCAUCGUGUUCAAUCAAGGUCAAAUGCAAAUACAAACUCCGAGCAUCAAUCUCAAUGAGCAAGAUAAUAAUGAUGAAGAAGAUCAACAAAUAUCAGCAGCUAUGCUCGAUAUUGGACAGAUCACAGCUUCGAGUCAGUCAAUUAUUGUUAAAGAAACUUCCAAUGUCCAACACAUUCGUAGUUCUUUGUGGUGUACUCUCUUUACUGCACCACCAUUAAAAACUUUAGGUUUAUGUCUCACGCUUAUCCUACUUUUAUUUGGUCAAGUACUUCAUGAUGGCACUAAUCUAUGGCUCGCGUUUACCACACGAGAUUUGAAAUAUACAAAGUCAACUCAAUCUAUUGAUCUGCCCACAUAUUUUCUUUUGACUAUGGCAACAUUAUUUGUAGCAAUCACGCGCAGUAGCUUUUUCUUCUAUCAGAUCUUGAAUGGUUCAAGCCGUCUUCAUGAUAGAAUGCUUUCCGGUUUGCUGCACACAUCGAUGCAUUUCUUCGAAAGUAAUCCAAGCGGACGAAUUCUGAAUCGAAUGAGUAAAGAUCAGCAAGUUGUUGACGAAACUUUACCUGAAGUCUUAUUCGACGCCAUACAAUCUUUGCUGUUACCGAUCGGAUUCAUCUGUAUCAUUCUCAUUAUCAAUCUAUGGAUGAUACCUGUAGUUAUUUUCUUAGUAAUUAUAUUUUGGAUCUGUUUUCAGUAUUAUAUUCGAACAAGUCAACAGCUGAAACGAAUGGAAAGUCUGACACGUAGUCCGAUUUACGGAUUAUUUACAUCAUCAGUGAAUGGCUCAGCCACUAUUCGUGCAUUUAAAGUCGAAAAUAAUCUUAUAAAGUCAAUUGUAAGUUUGAUUGAUGACAAUACACGCCCGUUUCUUUAUCUGUCAGGCACGACACGUUGGUUCACGUGUCGAAUGGAUCUCUUAGCGACAUGUUUUGUACUUUUUCCUGCUUUUGCUGCUGUUAUCGCGCCCAAUAGAGUAGACGCAACAUUUCUGACUCUUACUUUGUUCUAUAGUAUCAAUAUAACUGCACGGUUACAGCAUGCUAUUCGUCAGUCAGCAGAAGCAUAUAACUACAUGACCAGUGUGGAANUUUUGUACUUUUUCCUGCUUUUGCUGCUGUUAUCGCGCCCAAUAGAUAUCAAUAUAACUGCACGGUUACAGCAUGCUAUUCGUCAGUCAGCAGAAGCAUAUAACUACAUGACCAGUGUGGAACGUAUCGAUGAGUACGGAGAUUUGACACCAGAGGAAGACAAUGGUGGUGGAUCGGGAAGAUUAGUUGAAACAUCAGCUGAUUGGCCGAGUCGAGGAGAAAUUCGAUUUCACAAUUAUUCUCUACACUAUCAAUCAAAUGAAGAAGCAACACUAAAGAGUCUAAAUUUAGUCAUUAAUCCUGCUGAAAAAGUCGGAAUUAUAGGUCGUGCGGGUAAAUCAUCUGUGUUUCAAGGUCUCUUACGUUUGGUAAAUCGAUCGUGUAUUGAUGGUGAAAUUCUCAUUGAUGAUGUAGAUAUUGGUCGCGUGACGUUGAAGCAUCUUCGCUCUCAAAUCAGCGUUAUUCCGCAAAACCCUGUACUUUUCUCUGGAACUCUUCGAUUUAAUCUGGAUCCAUUGGAAAUUUAUACAGAUGAACAAUGUUGGAAAGUUUUGGAAAUCGUUCGAUUGAAAGAAAUGGUCUUCAAUCAUCCUCAAGCUCUUCAUAUGCCAAUAGCUGAGUCAGGUCAUAACUUAAGUAGUGGGCAAUGUCAAUUGGUUUGUGUUUCUCGAGCUCUUCUUAGACAAAGUCGAAUCUUGUUAAUUGACGAAGCAACAGCUAAUGUCGAUCAUGAAACUGAUGAGUUUUUACAAACUUUAAUAGUUGAUAAGAUUAAAGAUCGAACUGUGCUAACCAUCGCUCAUCGAUUGAAUACAGUGCGAAACAACGAUCGGCUUCUCCUGUUGAAUGAUGGAAAAGUCGUAGAUUUCGAUGUACCUGACAAAGUUUUAAAUCAUCUUUGA